AUGGACGGGGAAUACGUAGCAGUGGAGCAACCGGCGGCAGCUUAUCCGGGCUAUGGUUCCAGCGGCACCGUCACCGUUGCCGUCGGCAGACAUCAGCGUUCCAAUGGACAGCGCCUGCCCGCUGGGCACUUGGUACUCUUGGCCUUGUUACUGGGCACCCUGGUGAUCGUCCUCUAUGCCUAUUGGGAUGUGAUGAUGCUAACGGCAGGUGCCUCACCAAUGGAAAGACACCACGAUGCCAGUGCCAAUGAAACUCUGGCGGAGAAGCUGCAUCGAGAAGUGCGAAUCCUGUGCUGGGUGCUAACCACACCCAAGUACCACAAAACCAGGGCAGCCCAUGUCCUGCGAACCUGGGGUAGGCGUUGCAAUAAGAUAUUAUUCAUGACCUCGGAGGCGGAUGAUGAGCUGCCCACCAUGGUGCUAACCAAGCCGGAUCGAUAUGAGGUGCUGUGGGGCAAGACCAAGGAGGCCUUCACUCGGCUCUAUGAAGAGAUGCGUGACGAGGCUGAUUGGUUUAUGAAGGCCGAUGACGACACCUUUGUUUUUUUGGAAAAUCUACGAUAUAUGCUGUAUCCCUACUCACCCAAUACAUCCAUUUAUUUUGGAUUUAAUUACAAGAUGAUUGGCACGCAUCCAAAGAACUCGUCCUACAUGUCUGGAGGAAGUGGCUAUGUCCUGAGUCGCGAGGCUUUGAGAACCUUUGCCGAGGGUCUGAAUGAUACCACCAAGUGCCGCCAGGAGGAUGACCAUGCCGAGGACGUGGAGAUGGGGAAAUGUCUGUUCAAUCUGGACGUAAAGGCUGGUGACUCACGGGAUGAUCAGCUGAGGAAUCGCUUCUAUCCCACUGCACCCUUUGGUGCCCUGCUCUCGGGCAAUGUGGGCAUGGAUUUUUGGCUCUACAAAUACGCUUACUAUAAUGCCCGAACGUGCAUGGACUGCCUGUCGGAGUACCCGGUGGCCUUCCACUACGUGAAUAGUCAGCAGAUGUACGUGUACGAGUACUUCAACUAUCAGUUCCAGUUAUCUGGCAGGCAGCAGGUGGCGGAACGGCUGCCUGAGAAGAUUCGGGAGCAGGAUCUGGUCAUUCCCGAGAGUGACAAUUCAGUGUCCUAGAAGGGGAGCUUUCUUCUCCUGCCCCCCACGA